CCGCUCCGCGCCGACCCGGGAUAAAAGGGCUUCUCCGGCCCCGGGAGCCACACGGCCCUCUCCGCCAGCGCCCCCGCCAGCUCCGCGCUCCAGGCACCGCCGCCCGACUCUCGAGCUGAGCCCAUGGCCCGCGCCGCCCCCGCCGCCGCCCCCCACGCUCUCCGGCUCCUCGCCGCCGCGCUGCUGCUCGUGCUCCUGGCGGCCGCCUGCCAGCGCGCAGAAGGGGCGCCCGUGGUCACCGAACUGCGCUGCCAGUGCUUGCAGACCUCGCAGGGAAUUCACCCCAAGAACAUCCAGAGCGUGAAGUUGACGCCCGCGGGCCCCCACUGUGCCCAGAUCGAAGUCAUAGUCACCCUCAAGAGUGGACAGGAAACUUGUCUCAAUCCCGAAGCCCCCAUAUUUAAGAAAAUCAUCCACAAGAUACUGAACAAGGGAAGCACCAACUGACAAAGAAGGAAGCAGAUCUUCGGUGGUGGUUCCUGAAAGGCAGUCCCCUACUCUUACAGGAACGGACAGUGAAGAAGAGAAAAGCUGGCUUUGGGGACAUUUAGAAAUGGCUUAAUGUGUUUGACUAUUUUUUUUUGUCCUAUUUAUGUAUGUAUGUAUGUAUUUAUUUUUCAAAGCUCAUAUUGUGAGAUUUUACAUGUUUGUAUUUAAAGAUGUGAAUGUGUUUAAUCAAACAUAAGUCAGUCCUGGUUGUUAUUUAAUUUAAAGAUGAUGGGUUUUAAUGUCUCAUUAAAUUAAUAUUUAUUGGGAGACCAAGUCCCCCAGCACUGUGAUGGAGUGAGAUAGGUUUAUAAAAGGGGAAUUAAAGCAGUCAGACAGUAAAAUGACUAUUAGGGUCAGGGAAAGUGUGUCCUCAUCUGUACUUGUUUAAACGAGUGUCAGUUGUUAUUUAUUGAAAUGAUAUCACAUUAUGUAGUCAACAUUUUUAUGUUGAAGCUUCCCUUGGACAUUUUAUGUCUUGCUUGUAGGGCAUAAUGCCUUGUUUAAUGUUCAUUAUGCAAUGUUUAUCUUGGAACAGAGAAGUUAAAACUACUGUUACAUUUUUACAAAGGAUGUAAAAAUAAAGGUUUUGCAAAAAAAUAA